CAUGUGAAGAGCGCCGGUGGCUCCACAGACCGAUGCGCGCGUUAACUGAAGGUGAACCGAAGCGCGUGAACACAUCAAUAAAACAUCAAUUAGGCCACAAAAGCUCUGUGAUCAACUUGAGAAAAUUCAACUUUGUCAUUUGUGGAGAGAGAAAAAACCCGAGGAUCAAAAUGACAGCAACAGCUAAUACUGGAGAUAAAAUCACUGCGUCGCUAAACGACUUCAUGCGCGCGUUCCCACAAAACAUCUACUUUCUGGAUGAGAUUCAGAUCCCCCCAUCACUGCCGACAGGCUUCUCUGAUGUAGAAGGGGGCGUCUGUUCUGAUCAAUUCAGUGAGGCGUCGGGAGGUGGCUUGAGCACCGACAGUUUCGGCGUGGAGAAACGGGGCCUUGACCUAGCAGAGUCGAGCAAGUACUUCCCGCACAGUGCGCCUCUUGCCUACUCAGGGAAAAUUUCCAUCGACGCGCAAGGAGGUUGGAAUCAAGAGGGGAUAAUCAACUUCAGUGUCAGUGCUGGGGUACAAGGCAGGGCAUCAUCACCGGGAUCCUUCACCACAGGCUCUCCCAGUCCCACAGACCUCACUUCAGUCUGCUCCAAAACAGGCCAAACUCUUCCCAACAUGGAGCAUUUGUACACAAGUCCUCCCACUUACACCUGCAGUGCUGACGGAUACCAGGACCCCUCAGCCUAUCUGCCCACCAGCUCAUGUCCCAUAACAUAUGCCACUCCGUCCUAUUCCGCUCCCAAGUCUACCAUAGAUGGAGCAAUGUUCUCCAUCAUUCCUGACUACAGGGGUUUCUAUCAGACCAGCAACAGCCAAAGGGACAUGACUAUGUUUCAGGACAUAAAACCUUUUUCGUGCUCUUUGGAGUCUAUUAGAGUCCCUCCACCUCUGACUCCCUUGAACACGAUAAGAAAUUUUACUCUGGCGUGUCCGGUAGAUGGGUCAAGGCCACAGGUAGACGCCAAUCCACAAAAUAUCCCACUCAGGCCGAUACUGCGGCCACGAAAAUACCCGAACCGACCGUGCAAGACACCGGUGCAUGAGCGACCGUACCCAUGUCCGGCUGAGGGAUGUGACCGGAGAUUCUCUCGCUCGGAUGAGCUCACGCGACACGUGCGUAUCCACACCGGGCACCGGCCAUUCCAGUGCCGGAUCUGCAUGCGCAGCUUCAGCCGGAGUGACCACCUCACGACCCACAUGCGCACACACACGGGCGAAAAGCCCUUCUCUUGUGACUUCUGCGGCAAAAAGUUCGCAAGGAGCGACGAAAGAAGGAGGCACACAAAAAUCCACCAGAGACAGAAGGAUAAAAAACUGGCUGUGCCUCCUCUUAACUAAAACAGUGAUGGGACACUGUUGUGAGCCCUGGUAAAGGUUCUGAGUGCUGUUAGGGGCCAUUCACACCGAUUGUGUUGUUGCACUAUAAACAGCUAGAUGCAGCGCAAUGAACAUUACGCAGGUGUCUCUUUUAAUAGGAUAGUUCACCCAAAAAUUAAAAUUCUCUCAUUUUCUCACCCUAAUGUCAUUCCAGAUUAUUAUGACUUUAUAUCUUCUGCAGAACACAAAGAUUUUUAGAAGAAUAUUCAGCUCUGUAAAUCCAUAAAAUGCAAGUGAAUGGUAACCAGAACUUUGAAGUUCCAAAAAGCAUAUAAAGGCAGCAUACAAGUAAUCCAUAUGACUUCAGUGGUUUAAUCCAUGUCUUUUGAAGUAAUAUGAUAGGUGUGGUUGAGAAACAGAUCAAUAUUUAAGACCUUUUUCACUAUAAAUUCCCACUUUCAUUUUCCUCUUCUGUUGUUAUUGGGUGCUACUUUGUGCAUAUCGCCACCUACUGGGCAGGGAGGAGAAGUAAUUGUGAAAAAGAAAAAAGGACUUAAAUAUUGAUCUUUUUCUCACCCACACUUAUCACAUCACCUCACCUCAGAAGAUAUGGAUUUACCCACUGGAGUUGUAAGGAUUAUUUUCUACUGCCUUUAAGUGUUUUUUUUUUUUAGCUUUAAAGUUCUGGCCACCAGUCACAUUGAAUGGACCAGUAGAGCUGAGAUAAACGUCUUUGUUUGUGCUCAGCAGAAUUAAGUCACACAAAUGGGAUGGUAUGAGGGUGAGUGCAUGAUAAAAUGAUUAGAUUUUUAGGUGAACUAUUACUUUAACAGCUGAAGUUCAUUUUAACUUGACAUGGCGUCUCAAAACUGAACGUCAGACGCUAGCGCAUGUUUACAUAACAAAUAAAUAAUUGAAAACCACGACGUAAAAACGUGUUCAGUGUGAACGCCCCCUACGUGUCCCAAAUGUGGAACAAUGAACUGAAGGCAGCUUAUGAACUGUUGAAUAUGAUUUGUUGUAGUAUUUGUAAAGACAAAAAUGGAAACGUCCGUUAAGUUGAACAUUGUUUCUUAAAUUUCUUUCUUGUUUCUUUUCUUUCUUUUUUGCUAACAUUUAGGCAUUCUUGUCAUGUGGUGCAAAAUUGGAGAUUCCCUCACUGGGGUAUCCGUAGUGUUUACAUAGCUCCAUGAGCUGUAUUUUUACUUAUAAUAUUACCAUGUAUGUGUUUAAAUAAA